CUCGUUACCACAGACGAUUCAUCCCCUAUGGCGUCCUCAACAUCCACUGGUCCUCGACCUGACAAACCUAUCAAGAAGUCCAAUCCACUCAUAGAUUUAAUAGACACCGAAAAGCAGUAUGUUGACUUGUUAGCAAGCAUCAUCAGGCGAGUAGCUGCGGCCUGGUCCAAAGAAAAUUUCCCUCCGAGGCAAUUAGACACUAUGUUUCGGUGUGUUGAAGCUAUCUACAAGGCAAACCGGUCUCUGUUGGCUCGCUUAAAGGACAUUGGUCCCAAUCCAUCGUCCCCAAAAGCGUUGGGCGAUCUCUUGAUGCGUUGGAUCGAUGACCUGGAGGAUCCUUAUGAACGAUACUGCUCGUCGUAUCUCGCGGGCUUUGAUCAUUGGCCUUUGGUGCAGCAGAAUAACAAGCUACCACGUAUGCUUGCUGAAGUAUCUGCUGCCACACCACCUGGGCAAUCUUCUGGCAGUCCGGUUGAUGGGGAGCCUGACGUGUGGAGUUUGGAUAGCCUCUUCCUUCUUCCCAGAGGUCGACUAAAGUAUUACAAGCGGUUAUACUCUCGUCUCUUGAAGAGCACACAACCAGGUCGUUCAGAUCAUCGGCUAUUAGUAGUUGCUGUGGAGAAGCUAGAUGGUCUCCUGGAGACCGUGGCUGCCAGAUUACGCGUCCUGGUCGAAGAGCCAGAGGAUUCGUCCCAUCCACCGCUUUCGGUAUCGACAGACGAACAAGUUGCUUCCGAAAUACCGCUGCUUUUAGAGAGCCAAGGACUGCAACAUCAACUCCCCACCACAGCAGCAUUCGUCGGACAGGCUGACGAUAACCUCGACGAGGGGUCGGCAUUCAUCCUGACAGCGAAUCAUCAUCACCUGGAGCAGACUUCCGUGCCCAAGCUGGACGCAGUGCAGGGUGAUGUUCUGGUUGGACAGUCUGCAGAUCUCGUACAACUUGAUCCAGCAACCGAACGCCUCCAAUCCAGCUUGACUGGUGGGAGAAAUGAAUUGGGUAUCGCGGGAGCUCUUAUCGAAGAAAGGACAACUCAAGACACUGUGCCAUUGUCCCGAUCUUCUUCGCCCGUCAGAACAACGACGGAUGCUGAUAUAGUCCAACGUGGAAGUAGCUCCAGCGGUACAAUUACCGGAAGUCAGUCAGACGAUCGCUCCUCACGCAGUACCGGGUCCACGUCACUAGGCCCCCUUGGCGGUUUACCAUCACCCGCUGAGCUUGAACGUGGACUUUCGGUUGACCAAGUAUUAGACAUCUUCAGCAUGAAGCCGAAGGCAUGCUCCCUUCAAUUGAAUCCUCCUGAUCUGCCUUUCGUUAGAUCUACUAGGACAUCACUGGACGUCAUCAUAUGUUGCACACCUAUUGCCACCGGUGUGGAAGCAAAGACCGAGCGGGGUCACAUUUAUCUACUAUCAGACCUUCUGCUCCUCUGUGAGAGGCCUCCGGAUGGAGACAGUCUCGGCGGGCGUUCCAUGAGACUGCUAUAUCCGCCUCUUGCAGGUAGAUUCAUACGAUUGCUCAAGCAGCAUGAAGGUGAAAGUGAGAGCAAUGGAAAUACAGUCAAUGCGCAACUGUUGCGGAAGAUAAACAUCACUUUUCGCACCGAUUCUCAGCCAACCAGAGACAAGCUGCUGCGGGACUUGGAGGAUUGUAUUGACCUCGCUUCGAAUUUGCCAGCCAACCGGAGUUCAAAAACUCAGUCUUCUACCAGUCACCCACCCCCAUCGGCUAUUGUUGGAUCGACAUCUCUCACUAGAUCAACGUCGGAGCCCCUGGGACAAGUAGAAUUUGGUGUCAGGGGACGAAGUCCUGAUCCUCCGCGACCGUUUAUGCCAAUAAUGGGACCUGCAACUGCACACAAUUCCCUGCCACCUGUCCCCGUCCCGAUAAUCUCCCAACGAACCCCGCAUUCGAUGGCCUAUGCUCCGAAUCAACAAAACAACAGGCAAUUCCCUCCUCGCGAUGCAUCGCUCACCACCCCGGUCUGGCCUAUGCAGAUGCCCUUGAAUGGCCAGUCAAUUGUGACCUCUCAUCCAUCAAUGGUACGCGUUGGUCCACAGAGUUUCCCACCUCAACACCACCCUCAGUAUGGCAACGUUUCGUCGAACGCGGAGGGCGUCUUUGCACGCCGCGACGACGCAGGCCGUCUCCUGAUACCUCACCCUGGGGAACCAUCGAUGCAGUCAUUCAACGGCCGCCCGGAGAAGCCGCUGCCACCCUAUGGUUAUGGCACGGGACCCACUCAUGUUCCAUUGCCUCCUGAUAUGGCUCGGCCCUACAUCGAUCCAGCAGCCUUCCCAUCUCCAACAGCAUCGGUAGUCAUACCACCGUCCUCUCGAUCUACAGUUCUAUCCUCAAGAUCGCCUUCGCUCGCGAGCUCUCACCCGAGUGUACGGCAGGCGGUUGAUGACAUCAGCCCUCCGUCUUCUCCCGGUGAAGAGACAAAGCAACUGACAGCUGUGAUAUCUGCCCAGAUGAAGUGCAAGGUUUUCCUGAAACAGGCACAUGCACAAUGGAAGUCCCUUGGGGGUGGGAAGCUCAAGCUGUAUCAGCAACAACCCACCAACGUCAAGCAACUAGUUGUUGAAGCAGAUACCAAAGAGAAAACACUUCUCAUUUCCACAAUCAUUCUCACAGACGCUGUUGAACGCGUGGGCAAGACAGGAGUAGCCAUUGAGCUCAGUGACAAGGGGGCUAGUACUGGUAUAGUCUACAUGAUCCAGCUGCGGAAUGAGGCCUCUGCCACUGGUUUAUUCAACAGUCUGUUGGCUGGUUCCGACCGGACUACCUCUGGAUGACACUAGAAACACGGGUUGCAUUUUGUCCUUCACACAACACAAAUUCA